AUGAGACUGCCGCUGGUGCUACUGUGGCUGGGCGCGGCGGCGGCAUGCGGCCCGGGCCGCGGCUUCACCCGCCGCCACGGACCGCGCCGCAUCACGCCCCUCGUCUUCAACCAGCAUGACCCCAACAUCAGCGAGAACUCCAAGUCCGCCAGCGGUCCUCCGGAGGGCCGUAUCACCAGGGAUGAUGAGAAGUUCAAAGACUUAGUGCCCAAUUAUAACCCGGACAUUGAUUUUAAGGACGACGAAGGCACCGGCGCCGAUCGUCUUAUGACCCAACGAUGCAAAGAAAAGCUAAACACGCUGGCGAUCAGCGUGAUGAACCAAUGGCCGGGCGUUCGCUUACGAGUGAUCGAGGGCUGGGACGAGGAGAACUCGCAUCUAGAACAUUCGCUGCACUAUGAGGGUCGCGCGGUGGAUCUUACCACCAGCGAUAGGGAUCGCAGCAAGUACGGCAUGCUGGCGAGGCUAGCUGUCGAGGCCGGCUUCGAUUGGGUGUACUAUGAGAGUCGCUCUUAUAUACACUGCUCUGUUAAAACAGAGUCAUCCGUUGGUACAGGCGCUGGGUGCUUUCCGUCAGGCGCUAUGGUGUACACUGAAAAGGGUCCCCGCGAUAUUGAUACUCUUCAAAAAGGAGAUAGAGUACUAGCGGCGGAUGAUAGUGGCAAAAUGAUAUAUUCAGAGGUUCUUACGUUUAUGGAUCGAGAUCCAAACGCAACGAGAGAGUACAUAGAAAUCACCGCUGAAAACGGUGUCUCUAUCACAACGACGCCAUCACAUCUCUUGUUAUUAGCAGCUGCAGAAGGGUGGAGGGAGUCGUUCGCUGCUGACAUAGAGAUAGGAGACGUUCUCCUCACAACGGGAACGAGUAGUGUGAUGAGGCCAUCGGAAGUUGUUAGUACGCGGGUAGUGAAGAAGCGUGGAGUGUAUGCGCCCCUCACUAAAUCCGGGACUAUUAUAGUUGAUGAUGCCUUAGCGUCGUGUUAUGCGCUCGUCCGCAGUCACUCGCUGGCACACGCCGCUAUGGCUCCACUGAGAUGGGCGGCCAGUUGGAGCAAAUCCGAAGAAAUGCCUCGUGGCGUACAUUGGUACGCGAAUGCUUUAUAUUCGUUCGGCGAAUUCGUGUUGCCUACAUCCUACAAGUACCGUUAG